AUGCCGUCCGAAACCUCAGAGGCGCUCGUCCAGAAACUGGUGGAAUCGUUCUGCACCCUUCUGGACGAAGCCCUCAUAGUCGCUAUCGCCAGCGAUCACGAUCUCAAACAACAACCAGAGUACGAUGCAGCUCAAGCCAUCUUAGAAGGUCUAGCUCGAGAUGUCACAUCCGAAGAAGCAACGGGAUUCAACCCCAGCGGUAUCUCUGGAAGCCCCGAGGAGACCACCGACGGGCUAAGUACUACGGAAACAAGCAACAGCCACCAAGCUUCUCGCACUCGUGAUACGGAUACCUCAAACAGUGAUCUAGCUUCAUCAGCAUCUGGAGGCUCCUAUUCCAUUCCUAGGCUCACUACAUUUAACAAUGACACUGAAGAGAGUAAGAUCCUCCAGCUUCAGAGCAUCUUCAGUGGCCUCAAGGAGUAUGACAUCAAACAUUCCUUAAAGAAGGCAGGCGGGGAUUUCCAGGCAGCCCUGGACGAUCUGCUCAACAUUCAGUACCUCAAGUCCACUGGCCAGCACCAAAAAGGCGUGGAUGGAUUCUUUCAGCCAGACGAAGAAGUUGGCAAGAAGAGGAAGAAGAAGAACAGAAACAAGGGCAAGAAACCACUCCAAUCUGAUACCCACGUGCGUGCAGGACAGGAUGAUGUUGCAUAUCUUGCAGACAGGCUGAAUCUCCCCUUUGAUGAGGUUUCCGCCAUUUACCAGAGAAAGCGCUUCUCGAGUGGUGCCACAGCUGUUGAGAUCAUAGAUCAACACAUCUCUCUGGGUAUCGAAGCCCAAGAUGACACGAGUAAGAAAGAUGCGCAAGCACUGGCACAGAAAUACCGCAAUGUGCCUGAGAACUACAUGUCAACUGUUGUCCAAGUUACUGGCUCCAUCCCCCAAUGGUCAGACGACAUCGCAGCGCUUCUGAGCAAGCACUUCACAAAGAACCCCUGGAGCCAGAAGCUGGAUCUGAACUACACCCUAACCCCGCUCCCACAAGAAGAAAUCGAGGGCUUCGAGACUGGCAAGGCAGCCGUCAGCAGGAUCGGGGCACCAUUGGCCCCCAAUGGUGCCAAUCCAAUGGCGUAUGCCCAAGCCGCGGAAAAGGCCAACUACCACCAUCGCGUAAAACGCGAGGCAGCAGCUUCAGCAUCGCAGCUCAACAGACGGGGCGCUUCGAGCCCCCUUUACCGCCAAGCAGCUGGAUACUAUGCCGAGGUCGCCCGGGAACAAGGCCGUUUUGCGCAACAGGCGUCAUCAACGGCUGCGGAUCUUUUAGUAGAAAAACAGAGCGACUCCAAUUCGAUUGACCUCCACGGCGUCUACGUCCAAGACGGCGUGCGCAUCGCGCGACAAAAAGUCCAAGCGUGGUGGUCAGGCCUGGGCGAGUUCCGCUCGGAGAAGGCCAGGCAACAACACUUUACUGUUAUCACCGGGCUAGGUCGCCAUAGUGCUGGGGGCGUGUCGCAGUUGAGACAGGCGGUGGCUGCAGCUCUCCUCCAGGAUGGGUGGAAGAUGCAAGUCGAGACUGGUCGGUUUGUGGUAAAAGGAAGACGGUGA